UAGUUUUUGUAUCCGGGUUCGGACUUCCUUUUCCUCUGUGCCUAGAUGCGAUGAGGACCUAGGUCUUGCCGGACCACUAGAAAAUCCGAAUCCAUCCUUGAGAGAGGCACCACCGAACCGCUCCAAAAUGACCGAGCAGAUGACCGUGAGGGGGACCCUGAAGGGCCACAACGGAUGGGUCACCCAGAUCGCCACCACGCCCCAGUACCCCGACAUGAUUCUGUCCGCGUCCCGAGACAAGAGCAUCAUCAUGUGGAAGUUGACCCGUGAUGAAACCAACUACGGCAUCCCCCAGCGCAGCCUGAACGGACACAGUCACUUCAUCAGCGAUGUUGUGAUCUCCUCCGAUGGACAGUUUGCUCUGUCCGGCUCCUGGGACUCGACCCUCCGCCUGUGGGAUUUGUCCAAUGGAUCAACCACCCGCCAGUUUGUUGGGCACAACAAGGACGUUUUGAGCGUGGCCUUCUCGGCUGAUAACCGCCAGAUUGUGUCCGGCUCCCGGGACAGGACCAUCAAGCUGUGGAACACCCUCGGAGUCUGCAAGUACACCAUCCAGGAGGAGAGCCAUUCUGAUUGGACGUCUUGCGUUCGCUUCUCCCCCAACAGCAGCAACCCCAUCAUUGUGUCCUGCGGCUGGGACAAGAUGGUCAAGGUGUGGAACCUGGCCAACUGCAAGCUGAAGACCAACCACAUUGGUCACACUGGCUACCUGAACAACGUGACCGUGUCUCCUGAUGGCUCCCUGUGUGCAUCUGGAGGAAAGGAUGGUCAGGCUAUGCUGUGGGAUCUGAAUGAGGGCAAACACCUCUACACCCUGGACGGUGGCGACAACAUCAAUGCCCUUUGCUUCAGCCCGAACCGCUACUGGCUGUGUGCUGCUACUGGACCCAGCAUCAAGAUCUGGGAUCUGGAGGGCAAGAUCAUUGUUGAUGAGCUGAGACAGGAAGUGAUCAGCACAAACUGCAAGGCCGAACCUCCACAGUGUACUUGUCUGGCAUGGUCUGCUGAUGGACAGACCCUGUUCGCCGGCUACACCGACAACCUGAUCAGAGUGUGGCAAGUCACCAUUGGAACUCGAUAAGAGCCACACGUUGAGAAAACUUUGAAUAAAAGACUGUUUUGAAAAGAA